UACUGAAGGGAAAGGUCGGGGUCAGCUGACGGGAUUUAUCAGCAGGGAAAAAACUAGCGUAGAGAUGGCUGACAGCGGCGCCGGGAUCACGGACGAAAAUGACCCAAGCAAGGGAAACUGCAUGUCCUGUAACAAGGCACUUGCUGGGAGCGUGUCGACUGUGAUGGGGAAGAAAUUCCACAAGGACUGCUUUAUUUGCCAUGAGUGCAAGCUCUCCCUGCAUGGCCAGCAGUUUUACGAAAAGAAUGGCAAACCUUAUUGCCAGAAGGACUAUGAAAACCUGCGAGGCGCCACCUGCGCAAUGUGCGACAAGGUGAUAGCUGCAACCGAGAAGGUCCUGCGAUACAUGGACAAGGAUUGGCACAGCGACUGCUUCAAAUGCUGCAAAUGUGGCGGAGAUGUAGGCUCAUCCUUCUACGUGAAGAACAACCUGCCCUGCUGUGAAAAGUGCAAGUAAAUGUCGCAAUAGGGAGCCUCUGUCGGGGAGAAGCCCAGCACUGGAACGAAUACUCGGAUAGGAAAAGGACAAUAAAUGUCAAAUAUCAAGCAUUUCUAUUGAAGUCAGGAUUUUCAUAGAUUUACAUGGAGGGGUAACGCAAAUAUCUGUGUGAAGCCAUUAAUUCGACUGUUGCUACAUCAGUCUUCGGCUACAAUGGAACCAGCGGCAUAACAACCCCACUAUGAACCAAAUCGCAAAUAUUUAUGCUUCUCCUAAAGAUAAGGCUUUUGUAAUUUCUGACACUCCCCGACAGAAAAUAUAUAUUACAUGCUUGUAUAGUUAUCCAUGGAAAUUAUAUAUAAAUUUUGUUUCACGAUUAAUUUGUAAGAAGAACCACGCUAUAAUUCAUAUCAUUUAGAGACACCCGAAGGGGGUGAAAUGUACUUUCUUACUGCAUCAGUAAUAGCAAGUAUGGCUCAGAAAACCUUGGUAACAGAAAUAUUUAUUCCAACCAUCAUCCUAAAUAUCAACAUCAGAUGCUUUGCCGCUGAUAAAAGAAUGAUGACGCAUUGUCAAACUAUUAUGUCAACAUAGAUGCCGUAAACUAAUUCCAUCCAACAGAGGACCAUCGCAGAACGAUUCAGAUGCGACGUCAUAUCCGUUUCACAUCCGGGUGACCAUCUCGCCGCCAUCUUGAUACGCAACAUGUUGUAGAUUAGGUAAAGCUGCACUGUAUGCGUGAAUGACGGUGAACCACAUCCUCUUACAGUAGGACGUAGUAUCGUUCCUAAAAUACAAACUACACAUUGUAUGUGAGUCGUAUAUUUACGAAACGAUUCAAAAUCUUGCUGUGAGAUUUUUGACAAACCUUUACGAGUUACAGUCUGGAUUAGCUUAAUUCUCAUGUAGCUUCUAAAAUUUAUUGCCUGAUAAACUAUCAAGGAACGUGAUAACCACAGAAAUGUCGUAAACCAACAGCUUAAAAAACGUAGAAAAUAAUGAAUUAGUAGAUGUCAUUUUUAUAUCAAACUGAAGUUCUUUUAUGAGAACUAAAUGUACUC